CUCUUUGCUGCAUUUUCAUACCUGUUGCUCAGGAAGUGGAACAGAGUCCUUGAGUGCUCCUGUGUCAUGUGGAGUGUCCACUGGAGGGGCUGUUCCAAGGGCACCUGUGCUCCCCCAUCCCUCCAGGUCACUUGGCAAGCUGGUACCUGCAAAAACUAGUUUUACACCCGAGUGCCUGACACUCGGCGGGCAGGUUUGCUCGCGUGCUUCUAGAGAGGUUUCCUGUCAAACCGUACUCAAUUUUAACACUUUUUGAGCAGCACGUGCUGUGUCUGUGGACUCACUGAAGGUUGUUCUGGUCCCUGCAGGUUGAGACUGAAGAAGGCUACCUCCCCAAGCAGCCAUGGCCCCCACACUUGCCACGGCCCACCGCCGGCGCUGGUGGAUGGCGUCCACGGCCAUCGUCGAGAACCUGCUCUUCUCUGCUGUCCUGCUGGGCUGGGGGUCCCUCCUCAUCAUGCUGAAGGCAGAAGGGUUUUAUUCCUACCUGUGCUAUGGGCAAGAGGACACCAACAACAGCUCUGAACACGAGAACAGCACAGCUUCAGAGCACAAGUGGCCUUCCUGCAACGCCCAGGAUGAAAUGCUGAACUUGGCCUUCACCAUCGGGUCCUUCCUGCUCAGUGCCAUCACGCUGCCCUUGGGAAUUGUCAUGGACAAGUACGGCCCUCGCAAGCUGCGGCUGCUUGGCAGUGCCUGCUUUGCUGUGUCCUGUGUGCUGAUCGCGUACGGUGCCAGUAACCCAGACUCUCUGUCUGUGCUGAUAUUCAUUGCACUGGCUCUGAAUGGCUUUGGUGGGAUGUGCAUGACCUUCACAUCGCUCACGCUGCCCAACAUGUUUGGUGACCUUCGUUCCACGUUCAUUGCUCUGAUGAUUGGCUCCUAUGCUUCCUCUGCUGUGACUUUUCCAGGAAUCAAGGUUAUAUACGACUUUGGGGUCUCCUUCAUCCUUAUUCUGCUUGUCUGGGCAAGCUGUGCAGGACUUGUUUUCCUCAACUGUUUCUUCAACUGGCCCCUGGAGCCUUUCCCAGGACCAGAAGACAUGGACUAUUCGGUGAAAAUAAAGUUCAGCUGGCUGGGAUUUGACCACAAGAUCACUGGGAAGCAGUUUUACAAGCAAGUGACGACUGUGGGGCGCCGUCUCAGCGUGGGGAGCUCCAUGAAGGGCCCCAAGGAGCCGGCAGCCUUGCAAGAGAACAACAAGCUCUGCCUGUCUACGGUGGACCUGGAAGUGAAGUGCCAGCCUGACAGUGCAGCUUCUCCCUCCUUCAUGAAGAGUGUCUUCAGCCCCAUCUUGUUGCUCAGCCUUAUCACCAUGUGUGUCACUCAGCUGCGGCUCAUCUUCUACAUGGGAGCCAUGAACACCAUCCUCGAGUUUCUGUCUGGAGACCCAAGUCAAGUGGCUCUCUACACUUCCAUUUUUGGGGUAUUGCAACUACUGUGCUUGCUGACAGCGCCUGUGAUUGGGUGCAUCAUGGAUUGGAGAAUGAAAGAAUGUGAUGAUGGCUCAGAAGAGAAUGAGGAGAGCAGCGCUGAGCAAAGUGACAAGAAAAAGAAAAAGCGUGAUCGUCAGAUCCAGAAAAUCACCAAUGCCACCAAUGCCUUUGUAUUCACGAAUUUCCUGCUGGUUGGAUUUGGAAUCACCUGUCUUAUUCCUAACCUACCGUUGCAGAUUCUUUCCUUCAUUUUGCACACAAUUGUGAGAGGAUUCAUCCACUCAGCUGUGGGAGGCCUUUAUGCUGCUGUAUACCCCUCUACUCAGUUUGGCAGCUUGACAGGGUUGCAGUCGUUGAUCAGUGCCCUCUUCGCCCUUCUGCAGCAGCCUCUCUUCAUGGCACUGACAGGACCUUUGAAAGGAGACCCCCUCUGGGUGAAUGUUGGCUUGCUUGCCAUGAGCCUGCUGGGUUUCUGCCUUCCAAUCUACCUGGUCUGCUACAGACGCAGGCUAGAGAGAGAAAAAAAGCAGAAGAUGGAAGAUGCCAAACUUUUCUUCAAAAUCAAUGGCACUCCCACUGAGGAAGCCUUUGUUUAAACUGGUGCUUCACAUACAACCUCCCCUGUACAGGUUCCUACCACAUCCGUGGGUUCUACCUGUGGUGUAAGCCAGGAUUUUCCUCCCCUGGCUCUGCCAGUCUUUGCUCACCACUGGAGUGAGGGCCGGACAUCAUGACUGAGAUUUCCUCAGAUAUAUGGCAGGAGGAGACUUCCUACUCCUUACUCCAAAACACGGGACACUUUUUCUUUUUUUAAAGGCCACACAGAUAUUGUGUCUUAAAUUAUCCCCUGAUCACGCUCUCCAGCAGCAGAGAGUUUGCAUAGGAGAUUGGGGAGAGAAGGAUAGAGGGAUGGGAGAAGAGGGAAGACAGACCAUAGUUUGAGUUUGCAAAUGUAACGCAGUGAAGUCUGUUUUCUCCCCCUCUUCCCCCAGCCUCGGCUGACAGUCUCAGAUGCAAGCUGCACUCUCCUCCCUUCCUGAGGCUUCAUAAUGGUCUUUCUGCUUGAUGUGUAGCUGGACCCAGUGGUUUUACUGUCUAUCCAGACAUACCCUAGACUGUUUCUGAGGCAGGGAAGGGGAUUUUAUUCCUAUGUGUAUGAGCACAGCUUCACUGUGUUGCUAAGUGUUGGCUGCUAGCACUGACAGCUCCCAAACCUUUUAUUACUGCAAACGACACAGACUGUGAGCAAUGGAUCUGCCUUCCAUAAAGAAAUGAAGAGCCUAUAGUGGACUGCUGGUCCUAGACCAAGCCUUCAGAGGCCUGGAAUUCUUCCUCUUCCCGGUUCACAAACCACCUGUACGUGUUUUAAACUGUCUGCAGUCCUGGAACCCUUGAGAUAGGAAUUGGAUCUUGUUUACAGAUGAAGUGCUUUUGAGACUUGUUGCCUUUUGCCUCUUCUUCCCUUCGACAUGACCCUGGGAGGGGAGCAGCAAUGUGUAUUUAGUAAAGUGGAGAAACUUCUUGAAGCUGAGUUCUGGGGCUCCAGAUACCUUGGUGUUCACGUGUUGUGAGCUGGUGAAAAUAAUCAAGAAUGCAGAACACUCCUUUGUGUCUGGUAACUGGAUCCUGUGGACAGGGCAGGGUGAUGUGGUGAUGUAAGUUUUCCUUUAGCCAUAGCUUAUUUACAUUGCUCUGACAAUAGUCACCAGGUUAGUGUGACUGACCAAAAUGCUGCCAGUUUGGCUGUACUAGGAGCCUUUUUGAUGCUCUGUCUGGACAGAGCACGUGGUGAUUGAUUGUAUGGUGAAGCUGACUGUCAGAGCAAUAUGCAUGGGUAAAGGUGCCCCAGGCCUGUUCACUAGGGAGGGAAUACAAAGGGAAUUUUUAACCUGCUUAUUUUUAUAGAGGUCUUGUCUAAAGCAGACUUUUCUGCCCUUAACCCUCUUGCUGAGGUCAGUAGCUCAGGCCCUGUAGCCUUGUGACUUGUGUUAACACUGUUGGACCUGCUCGGAGCAGGACUGUGCAGGGGUGAGGAUGAGCAUCCCCAGCAGGCACAUUGAGCUGAGCUGGUGGCUGCAGAAAGGCUGGGGCAGAAACAAAACAAUUAUGAGCGGUAGUGGAUCAAGGGUUGGACUUGAUGAUCUCGGAGGUCCCUUCCAACCCAGGUGAUUCUAUGAUUCUAUGAAGAUGUGGUAGUGUUUUACUGCAAAGCCUGGCAGGGGGUAAGUCAUUCAACUUCUCUGUCUGGUUGGAAAAGUACAAGACUCAAUCGCUUUUGGCGCUAAGCAGAGGAUUAGAAACAACACCACGCUCAGACCUUCCUGAGAGAAAUUACCUGGAAACCGGGUGUUAACUCCUUCUCUGACAGUUCUAAGCCUGCAGAUGCUCAGCCCAGCCAGGGCUUCACCUUUCCUAAAGAGCAAGCGUGCCCAGAGCCUGGGCAGGACGGCUGGAGCCCUUUGCCAGCGCAGGAUGACGCGGCAGCUCCGUGGGACGGCAGCGCCCUCUCGAGUCACUGCUCCCGCGAGCAGUUCCGAUGCUGCUCCACGGUACCUUUCAGUCUUCAGCCGCUCGUUUCGAAAGGACUCGCCACUUGAGCAUUUGACACAUUUGUGAAUUUUUUUUUUUUCUUAAUGUGUUGCCUUUAUUAAAUGUGUUUGUUCCAAGACAGCCUUAUUGCCUGCUGUCAACACUUUACUCUUCUGGAA